UUCUGGGUGGGAAGGGCGUCACUGAGUUUUGUGUGUAAGCUGUGCUGGAAGUCAGUAACUGCUAUCAUGGAGAUCGGUACCACUGUACUGCUCUCUCUAGCUCUUUUGGGCUUUCUGUAUUGGAAAAUGUCUCGACCUAAGGGAUUCCCACCAGGUCCCCUGGCUCUGCCAGUUGUAGGCAAUCUGCUCCAGAUGGACUUCAGUAAUCCCCUCAAAGAUCUACAAGAGUUCUCAAAAGUAUAUGGCUCAGUGUACAGUAUUACAUUGGGGUUCACACCGGCUGUGGUGAUACGAGGACUCAAAGCUCUCAAAGAGGUUCUUGUGGCUAAAGGAAUAGAGUUUGCAGACAGACCUAGGAACAGACUCACAGAAGUAAUCUCUGGUACAAGAGGUAUAUUAAUUGCUCCCUAUGGACCUGCAUGGAAGGAGCACAGGCGAUUCACUUUGUCCACACUGAGAAAUUUUGGUCUUGGCAAAAAAUCCAUGGAGGAAAAGAUAACAGAGGAGAGCUUUAACCUAAUACAGGCCUUCAAGCAAAGAAAGGACCAGCCAUUUGAUCCACAUUUUGUCAUUGAUAAUGCGGUCUCCAAUAUAAUUUGUUCCAUCGUAUUUGGGAGACGAUAUGAUUACGAUGACCCCACAAUGCGGAACAUUCUUAACCUUGUACAUGAAAAUAUGAAGCUUGCCUCUGGUUUUUGGGCACAGUUAUUCAAUGCAUUUGCGGUGGUCCAGUAUCUCCCACUACCACAUCAGAAGAUUUUCAGGAAUGUAAAAACAGUUUUUGGAUUCCUAAAGACGGUUCUUGAGGAGCACAAAAGAACUAUGAUACCUGGUGAACCUCGAGAUUUCAUAGACUGCUAUCUGGAAGAACUAGACCAGGAGCAAAGAAAAGAAAACCAUAAGAAGACUUUUGAUGAAGAAAAUCUGUUCACCUGCGUAGCUGACCUGUUUUUAGCUGGCACAGAGACAACAUCUGCCUCCCUGGAGUGGUGUCUGCUGUACAUGAUGGCACAUCCAGAAAUUCAGGAAAAAUGCCAUGAGGAAAUAGACAGAAUUCAGGGAGACAGAGAUCAGCUGGAUUAUGAGGACCGAACAAGCAUGCCAUACACCCAAGCUGUUUUACAAGAGGUGCAGCGUUUCGCCAGUGUUGUCCCUCUAGGAGUUGCUCACUCACCCAUGAAAGAUGUGCAGCUGAAUGGCUUUAUCAUUCCAAAGGGCACAGUCAUUAUAACAGACUUAUCGUCUGUGCACUAUGAUGAAGAUCACUGGAAGUAUCCACAUGAGUUUAAUCCAGAGAACUUUCUGAAUGAGGAUGGGGAGCUGAUUAAGGUGGAAAGUUUUUUGCCCUUCUCUGCAGGGCCACGAGUUUGUCUCGGGGAGAAUCUCGCCCGCAUGGAGAUUUUUUUGUUUUUCACAGCUUUGAUGAGUAACUUUGAUGUUCUCUGGCCUGAUUCCAAAACAUCUCCUGACCUAAAGCCACAGUUUGGUCUCUCCCAGACUCCUAAACAUUUUAGCAUGAAGCUGGUGUCCCGCAAACAACAAUAAUUUAUGAAUGUACAUAUGGAGACUAAAAUAUCUUAUUUUGAAAGAAUAGAGCAUUAGUGUGUGAGGACAAAAUCUGGAAUUUCUUGGCUUUGUCUAUAUUUUAAAAUGAUGAUUUUUGUGCCAUUAAAUUUCCUUAGUUGUUUAAUGCUUCUAAUAUAUGUGUUGAAUAAUAAAAUAAUUAAGUUACCUGAGCUAUGCAUAUAAUAAGUGUUAUAAAUACUCAGUAUAACCUGACAGAAAACUGCAAAAAAUGAUUGUUUCCGAUAUGAACAACUAAUUAAUUACCUAUGUAUAUGCACCAAAAAUUAUGUUGUUUUAUAUAAGUGCCUAACUUUUAGGGUGCAUUGACUGUUUGCGAAUUAAAUUUAUUAUGGUGUGUAAAAAA